AGACGGUCCCAACAGACGCUGAUGCGCCAACACCAACACCGACAGAUCCAAUCGCGCUGAUCGACACGUGUCAGGCGCAGAUACAGUCGAUAUCAUUAUGGAGCUGCCGUCAUCAGCUGCUUUUGUUGCUACUGUUGCACAAUCCGAAUCAAAGAGCCCUGAUGGGAGCACAGCAGCCGACCAACCUGAUAGCAAUGCCGAGCCUGCAGCGAACGGCCCUGACGCUGCCGAUGGCAAAUCAGCAAUAGCGGCGCCCGUCAAGAAGCAGCGGCUUUCGCUGGAGGACUACAAGAAGCGGCGCGUCAACACCGUCACUUCGCCGAGCAAGGACUCUGACGCCAAGGACGGUGCGAGCGAUGUUGGGUCAGAGAGGCAGCACGACGCCGCCGACUCUUCCGCCCCUGGUGACGAGCAUCCGGAGACACCUGUUACGAGCGAGGCUCCGCUAAAUAGAGCCAAGCUCUCUCUGGAAGAGUAUAUCCGGCGGCGCAAGCCAAGCGGGACCUUUUCUGCGGAUGGCGAGUCGAUAACAGACAACACUGCCGCCGAGAAGGGGUCUCUAUCGGUGAGCGCAGUUGCAGGUGCAGCCACAACAAAUCAGCUAGUAGUGGUACCAUCUUCAGAUGCGGACAAGCCCGAGCAGGCGAAUGCUAGCGUCUCUGCCCCGUCCCUGUCGCCGCUGGCCAUCCGCAGCUUACCCGAAACAGCGCGUGCCGCGGAGCCCGUCGCUCCUCAGGCGGCGAUCACAUCGCGCAUCACACGCUCGCCAAUACACCCCAUUUCGCACCUAUGCCUAUACGGCCUGGCGAAGCAGCCGGCAAACGGGGCGUCCUCUCGCCACCGCCACCACCGCCGCCUUCCAACGCCACGACGAUGCCAUUGGAAACCGCAUCGAUGAUCGCAGCAAUGGGCCCAGCAACGACCAAAUCAACAUUGCGGAUCAGCCGGGCGUGGUGGCAAUGCACCAAACACCGGCGGUGGCGAGCCGCACCACCGCUUCGAGCGCGGGCCCAACAUCCACAACGGCUACGAGCGCGAUCGGGAACGCGGGC